AUGGAGCCCGCCCCUGAUCAAGAGAAUCGAAUGCGCUUAAAUGGCCCUGGCUGCCUUUCCUGUGUCAACGGCUCCUUCCCGUGCCACUGGUGCAAGUACCGCCACAUGUGCACCCAGAAUGCCAACGACUGCUCUUUCCAGGAGGGGCGUGUUAACAACUCUGAGAUUAAGUUGGAGGAAAGGGAGAGGGAGAAAGAAAACAGGAACACGGGGAGGAAGUGGUGGCGGAACGAUGAAUCUGUGUCGGACUGUGACCAGCAGAUGUUUAACCCUUCGUUUGGUUGGGGAGAUGUGCUUCUCAAACAGCCUCGGCACUCCAAAGCUCAUGACUGCCCUCAGAUUCUGCCUUCAACCCAGAUUUACAUACCUGUUGGCGUGACCAAGCCAAUCACCUUAGCUGCCAAGAACCUGCCCCAGCCCCAGUCGGGACAGAGGAACUAUGAGUGCGUUUUCCACAUCCAAGAGGAGAGCCAAAUUGUUCCUGCGCUGCGCUUCAACAGCACCUCCAUCCAGUGCCAGAAAACAGCGGAGUUAACUCUGGUCAGCAGCCACCAAAACAACAAGCUGGUGCCUUCAUCGGAGCCUUACGCUUUCCUGACCUGGGCCAGGCAGCUUCCUGCCUCCGCCUUCCUCCCGGUGCGUGCCCUGUCGCUGGCUGGCUGCCUCUCCUCCUCCCACCUGACAGGAAGUCAGCGGCGAGAGGAAAGCCACAUUAAGUUGAUAGAGAGGAAAAAGAGUGAGGACACCAAAGAUAGGGACAUUUCUGCAAACUACAAAAAAAAGCCUUUUGUCCAGGGAGAAGUCUCCACAAGAGUCCUGCUAUCUUUCAUCCUGAGGCUACUGAAGAUAGUGACCAUACCAGUAGUGUAUACCUAUGAGGGCAAUGAUAUCAGCGACCUGCCAGUGGAUCUGUCUGUAGUUUGGAAUGGAAACUUUGUCAUCGACAACCCUUACAACAUUCAAGCUCACUUGUAUAAGUGCUACGCUCUGAGAGACAGCUGUGGGAUGUGCUUGAAGGCGAACCCCCGGUUCGAGUGUGGCUGGUGCGUGGGGGAGAAGAAGUGCUCCCUGAGACAGGAGUGUGCUCCUGCCGAGAGCUCCUGGAUGCAUGCCACCACCGGAAACAGCCGCUGCUCGUACCCUAAGAUCACCAAGCAAGUGAAUGGAGACAUCUUAGAAGGAAGGAAGCUCCAUCCAGAGACGGGGCCGAGGCAGGGAGGAACCAUGCUGACCAUCACCGGUGAGAACCUAGGACUCCAAUUCAAAGACAUCCAGAGUGGAGUCCGCAUCGGGAAAGUGACAUGCAACCCUCAGGAGGACCAGUACAUCAGUGCUGAGCAGAUUGUGUGUCGGUUAAACGAUGCAACGGGUUACAGAGUGCAGGAGGCUCAGGUGGAAGUUUGUGUUCGGGACUGCAGUCACCCUGAGUUUAAAACGGUUUCAACCAAGGCUUUCACCUUCGUGUCCCCGUAUUUUACCCGUGUCCACCCUUCCGCUGGGCCUUUGUCUGGAGGAACAAGGAUCACCAUUGAAGGCAGUCAUCUCAACGCAGGCAGCGCUGUAUCUGUGAAGAUCGGGCUCCACCCAUGCCUGUUCGAGAGGCGGGGCAGCAAGGAGAUAGUGUGUGUGACCCCGGCUGGACAGGCCCCCGGCCCCACACCAGUCAUGGUGGACAUCAACGCCGCUGAGCUGAGGAACCCAGAGGUCAAGUUCAACUACACAGACGAUCCCACCAUCCUCAAGAUUGAGCCGGAUUGGAGUAUCGCCAGUGGAGGAACAUUAUUGACCAUUACUGGAACCAACCUGGCCACCAUCAAGGAGCCCAAAAUGAGAGCCAAGUAUGGAGCUGCACAAUCCGAAAAUAACUGCACGGUCCUCAACAACACAGUGAUGGUGUGUCUGGCGCCCUCUGUGGCCGGAUCUGAAAAAGGGUUCUCGGAGUCGGGCAGCAGUCCUGACGAGAUCGGCUUCGUCAUGGACGACGUGCGCUCCGUGCUGGUCGUGAACGAGACUUUCAGCUACCACCCGGACCCCGUGUUUGAAUCUCUGAGCCCCACGGGCAUGCUGGAGCUGAAGCCCAGCUCACCGCUCAUCCUCAAGCUAAUCAGGGGUCGCAACCUGAUUCCAGCCGCUCCUGGAAAUGCUAAACUGAACUACACGGUGCUGAUUGGAGAGACGCCCUGUGCUCUCACCCUGUCCGAGAGCCAGCUGCUGUGCGAGUGGCCUAACCUGACUGGAGAGCACAAAGUCACAGUUCGUGUUGGAGGCUUUGAAUACUCACCGGGGACCCUGCAGAUCUACUCCGACAGCCUGCUCACCCUGCCUGCCAUCAUUGGUAUUGGGGGAGGCGGUGGUCUGCUCCUGCUAGUCAUCAUUGGGGUUUUGAUUGCUUAUAAAAGGAAGUCACGGGAUGCCGACCGUACCCUCAAACGACUCCAACUGCAGAUGGACAACCUGGAGUCCAGAGUGGCCCUCGAGUGCAAGGAGGAGGAGUACUUUGAUCUGAGCCAGCCACCAGAUGUUGGCUCUCCACCUCACCAGAGAGCAGCCUGGCUGGUCUCACUGCCUCCGACACUGAGAGGGGGGGGAGUGGAUGGAGCUUUUGCAGAACUGCAGACAGACAUCCACGAACUCACCCAGGAGCUGGAUGGAGCAGGGAUCCCCUUCCUGGACUACCGCACGUACGCCAUGCGGGUCCUCUUUCCCGGGAUUGAGGACCAUCCUGUACUCAAGGAGAUGGAGGUACGGGUGCCUGCGAACGUGGAAAAGGCCUUGACGUUGUUCGGCCAGCUGCUGACCAAAAAGCACUUCCUGCUUACCUUCAUUCGCACGCUGGAAGCUCAGCGGUCUUUCUCCAUGCGGGACCGGGGCAACGUGGCCUCCCUCAUCAUGACGGCGCUGCAGGGGGAGAUGGAGUACGCCACGGGCGUCCUCAAACAGCUCCUCUCUGACCUCAUCGACAAAAACCUAGAGAGCAAGAACCACCCGAAGCUCUUACUCAGGAGGACUGAGUCAGUCGCUGAGAAGAUGCUCACCAACUGGUUCACCUUUCUGCUUUACAAGUUCCUCAAGGAAUGUGCCGGUGAGCCUCUCUUCAUGCUGUACUGUGCCAUGAAGCAGCAAAUGGAAAAGGGGCCAAUAGAUGCAAUUACAGGAGAAGCCCGUUAUUCCCUGAGCGAGGAUAAACUCAUCAGACAACAAAUCGACUACAAGACUUUGACGCUGCACUGUGUCAACCCGGAGAACGAGAACGCUCCGGAGGUGACGGUGAAGAGCCUGAACUGUGACACGGUGACGCAGGUGAAGGAGAAGUUGCUAGAUGCUGUUUACAAAGGGACGCCAUACUCCCAGAGACCAAAAGCAUCAGACAUGGACCUGGAGUGGCGCCAGGGCAGGAUGGCGCGCAUCAUCCUUCAGGACGAGGACGUCACCACCAAGAUCGACAAUGACUGGAAAAGGCUCAACACUCUGGCUCAUUAUCAGGUGACAGAUGGCUCGGUGAUAGCCCUGGUGCCUAAACAGAACUCAGCCUACAACAUCUCCAACUCCUCCACUUUCACCAAGUCCCUCAGCAGAUACGGUACGCGAGAAGUGCUCUCCUGCUUUGUCACACAAGUGACAGGCAGUCAGACCGGAAGCAUAAUGCUCUGUGGCACAAAUAUGGGAUCACUGUCCAACAGAGGGAAAGAGGACGCAGAGAGCAUGCUGAGAACGGCCAGCAGUCCAGACAGCUUGCGCUCCAGAACACCCAUGAUCACCCCCGACCUGGAGAGCGGCACAAAGCUGUGGCAUCUGGUGAAGAACCACGACCACUCGGACCAGAGAGAGGGGGAUAGGGGAAGCAAGAUGGUCUCUGAGAUCUACCUGACCAGACUGCUGGCCACCAAGGGCACGCUCCAGAAGUUUGUGGACGACCUGUUUGAGACCAUCUUCAGCACAGCGCACCGAGGCAGCGCCCUGCCGCUCGCCAUCAAGUACAUGUUCGACUUCUUAGACGAGCAGGCGGACAAACACUCCAUAUCAGACUCCGACGUGCGGCACACUUGGAAGAGCAACUGUCUUCCACUGAGGUUCUGGGUGAAUGUGAUCAAGAACCCGCAGUUUGUCUUUGACAUCCACAAGAACAGCAUUACAGAUGCCUGCCUGUCCGUGGUGGCUCAGACCUUCAUGGACUCGUGUUCCACAUCGGAGCACAAACUGGGGAAAGACUCGCCCUCUAACAAGCUGCUGUACGCUAAAGACAUCCCCAACUACAAGAACUGGGUGGAGAGGUACUACUCGGACAUCUCCAGGAUGCAGGCCAUCAGCGACCAGGACAUGAGCGCCUACCUCGCGGAGCAGUCGCGUUUGCACGCCAACCAGUUCAACAGCAUGUCAGCCCUGCACGAGAUCUACUCCUACAUCGUGAAGUACAAGGAUGAGAUCUUGUCAGCUUUGGAGCGGGAUGAGCAGGCAAGGAGACAGAGACUGAGGAGCAAGCUGGAGCAGGUCAUUGACACAAUGGCCCUGACCAGCUGA